AAGAGACAGGAUGAUUUGCAACAAGUUGCACUUACUAUACACAAAACGUGUCUCAGAUCUAAAGCACAGUUUGAGAAAUUCUAUGCACAAAGGAUGUUCAAGAACAAAUACCAGCCUGGAGAGCUUGUUCUAGUACGGAAUACUAAGGUUGAGAAAGAGCUGGAUCAUAAAGCAAAGCCUUGUUACAAUGGCCCUUAUGAAGCU